AUGAGUUCCCAGGCUAGGCAGUGGCAUCUCAUCCCAAAUGGCGACAAGGGUGCCUGGAGGGCCAGCUUUGUCCGUGGGCAGCGAGAGCUGGAUGCCAAAACCACGAGGACCCCCACAGGGAGCAUGGAACAGCAGCAGCGUCCCGCACGCCCAGGGGCUGCCGCAGCUCCGGGGACACCCUCACGCUCAGCUCCCGCACGCCCAGGGGCUGCCGCAGCUCCGGGGACACCCUCACGCUCAGGACCGUCCGCGCAACCCAGGAACGUAGCACCCGGUGCGCCGCAAGGUGCAACCUCAAGGACACCCACCCAGGCGCCCAAGAGCGAAUCGGAGAAGGCCGCCAUCCAAAAGCGUGCUGAAGGACGGGCCCUAGUCCCGCUCCAAUUCAGGGACAGCUUCAAGCAUUUUUUCUUCUCGCCCACGGGGAUGUUGAAGAUCUUCAGGCUGGGUCUUCUCAUAGGAGCAUUAGUUUGUUUUGUCAUUGCCAGAGCCAAUGAGCCGUUUAUAGCCAUCACAGUUCUGGAAAUCUGCAUCGUUCUUUUUUUUAUUCUAAUAUAUAUGCUAACCCUUCAGCACUUGCUGGUUAAUUUAGAUUGGCCCUUACUUGAUCUUGUCAACAGUUUUAUUACAGCUGUGUUCCUUUUAAUAGUUGCCAUCUUGGCGAUGCAAGAAAUGGAAAGAAGGCACUUAUUCUAUGUUGGAGGGACCCAGUGUCUCACAGCGGCAAUCGUGUGUAUCCUGGAUGGGAUUAUGGUCACCAAGAAGAUAACGGAUAAAAUGAGAAGAAUGCUGGGACUCGAAUAUGAAAGCAGUUCCUCCCUGCUCCUGGAACCCAAGAAGUCAGGACCCACGCCGGCGCCCGGGAAAGCGGGCACGCCGGGAUCCUCCAAACCACCCACCCCGGCAGCUUCGAAACCACCCGUGGCGGCACCUGCGAAAGCACCCACACAGGGCCCCACCUCGGCUGCCAGGCGCACCUCCUCCCGGGGAUCCUCGAAGGCAUCCUCGAAGACAUCCACGAUACCAUCCUCACGGGCAUCCUCGCUGCCACCCUCGCGGACAGGAGCGUCUGUGCCUCGUCCCUCCCGCUAA